AAGUCGACGGCCCGUAAACGGAAACCGUACACCUUUGUCUGGCCUCCCUAUUGUCCCUUCUCAGCACAUAGCAUCCUCCCGCCCUCGCCGUAUCCCCACGCCUCACCUCUAAAGCAAAUACACACCCACAAACCCCUUCGAUAAUGUCACCGGGCAUGUCUCCAAACUCCAUCCACCCAGACGAGCUCCAUGUCACCACCUCAGCGCCUGGCACCGAGCCCCACUCUCGCACCCACCACACCCAUCAACCCAACGGAAGCCACCACAGUCGCAGUCCUCGCAUUUCUCCUCACCACCACACAGGCGCCCACGGGCCCGACCUCGAGCGCGAACUUUCAUCAUCCGGAUGGGGAGGUCGGGAUUGAUCCGAAACAUAAACGCAUUGUCAAGUUUGUGGGACGAGUUGGGUUUAUGGCGAAAGCUAUCAUUUACGGCGUGCUAGGCGGCCUCCUCCUCCGUGUCGCGGCCGGUCACGGCAACGUCGACUCGUCCCCGCAAGGCGUGUUCCUCCUCGUCGGCGACAACCCCGUCGGCAUACCCCUGCUGAUCGCCCUCGCCGCCUGCAUCGCGCUGUACUGUACUUGGCGGUGGUGGGAGGCGUUCACGGGCCAGGGGUCGGAUGCGGAGUACUCGAAGAAGAAGAACUUUUUCCGUUAUCGGGUUUCGCCGUUUGUGAGCGGGGCCGUUUAUGCCGCUUAUGACUACUACGUAAUCCGCACAAUCCUCACCGCCCCUUCCGAACGCACCACCGAGUCCGGCUCCGAGACAACCCGCUCCUCCUUCCCCGACAGCUGGGCCUCGUCCGGCGUCGCGGGGAAGAUCGGCGUCGGUUUCCUCGGAUGCCUCUUCCUGGUCGCUACGCUGACGCAGUGGCAGGUCGUGGCGAUGGGGUCGUUCAAGAGGGAGCUGUAUCAAGAUAAGUUGAAGAGGAAGUGGUUGAGGUGGUUAGUCCACGGCCUAGGCUACAUCGGCUUCCUCGCGCGGGGCUUCCUCUUCCUCCUCGUGUCGGUCCUUCUCUUCCGGACGCUCGCCAACUCCGGCGGCGCUGAGUUCGCAGAUAAGCAGCACAGCAUCACGGGCAAGGCGAUCUUGACGAUGAGCGAGGAGUGGUGGGGGAGGACGAUAUUGUGUUUGGUGGGGAUUGGGUUGUGUUUGUAUGCGUGCUUUGCGGCGCUGAAUACUGUCUUCAAGAUCUAUCCUACACCGCCCAACUCGCGGAAACCCGCCGUCGACGAAGACAAAGCGAAGGAAGAGCAGGAGAAGGCGAGCAGCGAUGCGACGGAAAUCAACCGUCAGCGGUGAUACGUUCCAUCAAAACCCACUCUCGGGAGCCGUUAUCAACACCCCGACCGGGCGGCCCAACAACACACGCACGGCCCCACAUUCGUAUUCCAUGUAGAUAUAACUUACACCUCGGUCCCCGUCUUUUUUGGAGGGGAUGGAUAGUGAGGGGACAUUUUUGAUUUCUUUUCGUUUGUUUUAAUCUUGUACUUAGAGCCAGCGCUCAUCAUAAUUGGUGUAGAUGGGUAAAUGAAUAUGAUUCAAGACAUGGCUUGAUCUGAGGGAGAGAGUAACCCGCGAUCAC